AUGGGCCGCCGCCGCCGCCGCAAAGAUCCCAGGACGGAGAGGGAGGCGGUCGCGCAUGGAGUCCCCGACGAGGUGCUGGAGCUAGUGUUCUUUCGGCUCGCAUCGCUUCUCCAUCUCGUCCGUGCGGCGGGCACGUGCAAGCGCUGGCGGCGCGUCAUCGCGGACAGCGGAUUCCUCCGCCGGUUCCGCUCCCUCCACGCGGCGAGCCUGGUCGCGGGCCACUACCGCGUCGACGAGCGCGGCGCGCAUCCGCGUCCGCCUGGCCGCAACCCCGUGUUCGUCCCCUCCCCCUCCACCUCCCUCGACGCGCGGCUCUUCUCCCUCGAUUUCCUCCCGCGCACCAACGCGCGCAGGUACUGGGAGCUCGCGGACAGCCGGGGCGGCCUCCUCCUCUUCGUCAACGGCCCCACCGCAUCCGACGAGGCGGCGGCGUGCCCGCGCCCCAGCCUCGUCGUCUGCGAGCCCCUCACGCGAACCUACCGGGUGAUCCCUCCUUCGGCGUGGUCCCACGGCUGCGAGAGCUUCGGCGCCUUCCUCCUCGACGGCGACGCCGACGACGCCGGCGGGUGCAUCAGCCUCUCCAACUUCAGGCUGGUGCGCGCGCUCUACUGCUCGGGCGUCGCCAGAGCCUGCGUGUUCUCGUCGCAAGACGGCGGCCGCUGGACCUCCCCGGCGUCUGGAACGGCGAUCUGCGGCGACGACUACUGGAGCGCUUUUGACGUGUACGACUUCGCCUUCGCGGGGAGCGACGGCCGGUAUGCCUACUGGAGGAUGGGGCCGGGGCCAUUCGGCCAUGGCGCCCGUGAUCUUGUUCUCGACAAGGACGCCGCUGAGUUCUCGUGCUGUAUACAUUCAGAGAACAUGCACGUCGAUCUGCAGACAGAAUUCGUAUACCAGCUGGCGUGGCCGCCUGCAAUCCGAGUAACCUUGUAG